ACCUAUAAGGUUGCAGCAUGCACACAUGCAGGCUCAUUGGCUGCAGGCAGGUUGACACAGAUCCGCCGCCUCUUGCAGCUGGAGCCCGCAGAGCCAGCAGGUGGUACUCUACUGCCGGCUGUUGCAUGUGAUCCGCCGGCUGGAUGAGGAGCUGAAGCCCGGAGAGAGGGGGAACGGAGAGGUCCGAGCAGUAGCGGGUUAGAAGACAACUCGGAAACAACUCGCUUCAUUUUCCUCUCGUGGCCGGACAAAGAUGGACUCGGAGCGGCCCGCGGUCACUUCAGUCAUCGGGGUCAGCGGCGGUGCCUCCUCCGGGCUCUGAGCGUCGGGGCUCCGCAGAGCUGAGCGGUCGGUGCUCGGCGCAGGACAGAAGCUGAGAGUCUGCGGGGCUGCAGCAGGAGCUGAAAGGAGCGCCUUGCAGUGAAACCUUCUCUACCCUCCCCUGGAGAAUAAAGCAGAAAUCAGGCAUCUGGAAGCUCAGAGUGAAGGAAAGAGGAGACGGACUGGGGCAGCAGCGCGGAAAUAUUGUUAGAUAACAGACUCAACAAGGUUUCACACCGACAUGGGAAGAGAAGUCUCAGUGACCUUCUAAGAUGUUUCCUCACCACAGAGAAAGGGAGCAGCCGAUCUUCAGCGCCCGGGCUCAUGUUUUCCAGAUCGACCCCAACACCAAGAGGAACUGGAUACCUGCCAGUAAACAUGCCGUCACAGUGUCCUUCUUCUACGACGCCAAUCGCAACGUCUAUCGCAUCAUUAGCGUGGGUGGGACCAAGGCGAUUAUCAACUGCACCGUUACACCCAGCAUGACGUUUACCAAGACGUCCCAGAAGUUUGGGCAGUGGGCUGACAGCAGGGCCAACACCGUCUACGGACUGGGUUUUGCCACGGAGCAGCAGCUGCAUCAGUUUGCAGAGAAGUUUAAGGAGGUGAAAGAUGCGGCUCGUCUGGCACGAGAAAAGUCACAGGACAAAGAACUGGCCAACACUGCGCUCACCAUCGCCGCUCCUCAGGACCUCUCGGAUGAACUCCAGUCUCCACCAGUGAUGUGUGUGAAUGGACCGGAGGACAAACUGUUCCGCAGCCAGAGCGCCGACAUCACCUUGUCUUCUGAGAAGGAGCGCAUUAAGAAGAUGCUUUCUGAAGGGUCGAUUUGUGAGAUGAACCUGGAAGCUGAACUCUUCACUCUGCAGGACAGCAACUCCAAGUUGGUGGCAGCUUUGCAUGAGGCUAAUGCUAACGUAGAGCAGUGGAAGAAACAGCUGGCGGCAUAUCAGGAGGAGACUGAAAGACUCAGAGAGCAGGUGGUUGAACUGGAGGCCCACGGAGGCCAUGGGCCCAGUGACCUGCUGAAGGAUGAGCUGACUCAGUCCCUGGAGGAGCUGGAGGCCCUGCUGAAGGCCAAAGAUGAGGAAAUCCACAUUUUGCAAAGUAAGAAAGCAGAAUACCACGAAAUGGAGCACGACAGGGACGAGGCCAUGCACAGACUACGGGAGAUGGAGAUGCGAAAUUCAGAUUUGGAGCGUCGCAUCCAGAACACGGAGCAGAAUCUGAGUAACUCUCUGGAGGAGCGGGAUCGCAUGGAUUCUGAGAUCCAGAGGGCCAUAGAGAUUCUGGACAUCAAGAUCUUUGACCUUAAUGACCUCCGCCAGAGCCUUGUUAAACUUAUUGACAAAUAAGAAAGGAGAAGAAAAAGGCAACCCCUGAGAGGAACGGAGCAGAAGACCACGGCCACGGCGGCGAGCAGCGAACAGAACAAGAUGGAGCUGGUCCCUGUCGUCCUCAAGCACAAGAACCACGACGGCCGCAGGAAGGUGACUCCAUGUCUGUGUUGCAGCCGUGACUGUGUACGACAGCAUCCUGUAGGUGCAGCAGCAUAAACAUGGCAGCGCUUGUCCAAUCUAAUGUAACGCUUCGUGUUGCUUUCAAGGGUAACGUUCAAUGCAAUAAACCAACUUUAAGGUAAGUGCUUAACAAUGCUAGACAUUCAAUAAUAAGAACUGGUGCUUGUGUUUUUUUCUUUCUUAAGUAUGACUUUUGUACACAAAACGGCAAUGCAGUGUGAACGAUAAGAGGCCUUGUUUUUUCAUCUUUACAAGAAAAUGCGUACUUAGGAAAAGGAACGGUGUCGAUGUGAAUAUGAAAAAAAUGCACAAGAUGAAAUUACUUGUAAAGAUUUUGCCUAUUUAGGAGCCUGCAUACAACAUAAUUAUCACAGAAUUAACACAAGUUUAAUUUGUGCAGAGAUAAACUUAAGGUCUUGUAGUUACUGAUUCAUAAUGUAGCAGCUAUAAUGUUGUGUAAUGUGAAGGGGCAGAUUUUAGCUGCAGUUUUGCAACAGAAACCGUAAACUAACAGCAUAAUUCAAGAACAUGUGAACAUAAACAGUAGGUCUGAAUACUGACACCAAAGAUCAAGUGUUGAGAGUAGAGUGAAUAAGAAGGUCUUUCAGUCGCUUGUCUAUUCUUGCAUCUUCAUCUAGGCUGGUAAGAAGUCUUUAAUUCUAAGUUACAGUAAUUCUUAGGCACACGUUGAUAGACAGGGUAUAUUAAGCAAUCAAAAUUAGAAUAAAUAAGGGUUUUCCUAAUGAUAUAAACCAUUAUGCUAUAGUUAUGAAGUUACCAUAGGAAAAUAAAAUGCAUCAUUUAGUCUUACAGGUUAUUUAAGGAUUGACUCAGUCUGAAAAAUAAUCUCUUAACAAACUGCUAACUUAUUAAUAAUAGGUCCACAUCUUGAUAAACUCGUCGCUCUGAUUGGUGUGAUGCAUUCGAGGAAAUUUAAGAGACAUUUUCUGCCUUCUGUCACGUUCAAGCACAUUACCUUUAGCUGUGGACAAUAUGCCUUGAGUGUGUGGCCGUACUGUUUGAAUAAUGACUUCAUUUAAUCAAUACAGAAUGCCUACUUCACAGAGUCUUUCUAUCAUAGACUGUAUUGUCUAAAACGGUCUGCAGCGCUAUGUUUGUAUGAUUUUAUUCUUCAAGCCUUACUGUUCUGUUUUAAGGAUGGUUGUGGACAGUCAUGACAGCUCAGAGUGUCUGAGCUGUUGUCAUGGUGGUUUGGAAAUAAAAGCAAAGAAUACGGUCACACCAAAGAA